CGGAAGUAGCAGAGUUAGCAGAGUUAGCAUGUGUGGAUAACAGAUGGCAGCCAGCGUCAGUCUGCGGCGGCGUGCGGCGGAGGAAGACGUUUGUCCUCUGGAGUCUAAGUGUGUGAGGACGGACGCAGAGACGAGAUGGGACAGGAAGUCACAGGCGGCGUCCGCUCCUCUCACAGGAAGCGCCGCCGAGGACAGACAGGAAGAGGAGAGGACGACGGGUGAGCAGGCGGUCGCCAUGGAGACCGGCGAGAACAGUGAGGAUGAACUGGGACGACUGGACAUCGACCUGGACAGGAAGUCCAAACAGCACAACCUCACGUCCAGGAACGUGCGCGCCAUCCUGCACGAGGUGAUCACUCAUGAGCGAGUGGUAGCGAUGAUGAAAGCUGCGAUCAGAGACACUCAGGACCUCCCCAUGUUUGAGCCGAAGAUGACCCGGUCCAGACUGAAGCAGGCCGUCCAGCAGGGACAGCCACUGAACUGGAGUCUGUCUGCAGUGAGCAGCAUCAAGCCUCCUCAGUUUGUGGACAUUGAUCUUGAGGAUGAUGAAGACUCCUCAGAUGAAGAGUAUUGUCCUGAUGAUGAAGAGGAGGAGGAAGACACGGCCGAGGAAACCUUUCUCAGUGACGCUGACAGCUUCGCUUCACCUCCCAGAAUGCACUGCUCUCAGCCUCGACCUCCAGCAGUCCACAUAGCUGCUGAACCCUUACAGAGAUCUGCAGGACAGCCCAGCGAGGAGGUGACGGCUCUCAGCUCCUCCCUGGCUCCUGCUGAGUUCUCCUUCAUGGAGAGACUCAACGCUGUGGAGGAGGAGCUGGACUCCAGCCUGUACUCCUUUAACCAGUCUCUGGACAGGAAGCCUGAUGAUGGUGCUGGAGGCUCCAGCUGUUUGGCGUACCGCACGCGUUCUAAGCUCCCAUUGGUCGACGUCCCGCUGGAGCAGCUGGAGGCGGAGCUUCUGGCCCCUGACAUCACCGCUGACAUGUAUGACGAGGGCCCCCCCCAGCUGGAGGAGGACCGCCACUGGACGCGCUGGCUGCAGGGUCUGAUGGCCCCCCACAGUGAAGAGGAAGUCGAUGAUGACGAUGACCCAGAGUACAACGUGCACGACGACCCGGAUGAACCCGACCUGGAGGACUACAGGACGGACCGAGCUGUCCAGAUCACCAAGAAGGAAGUGAACGAGCUGCUGGAGGAGCUCUUCGAUACACUCCAGGAAGAGGAGGAGGAAGAGGAGGAGGUGGCAGCUGAGAUGGAAGAACAGGAGGAGGAGGCCCCGUUACAGACUGGACCCAAAUUCAACGUCCCCCAGGCUUUACGCUUUGAGGCGCCGUUAGCCAGCAUGCUAACAGAGCGGCGGCGGACGGUCAGGAAACAGUAUGAAGCUCUGCAGCAGAGGAGAGCUCUGCAGGACACCACCAACCAUCACCGUGACAACCUGAACCUGAAGGACUCAACCAGCCCUCAACCCGACUCCGUCACAUCCGUCUUAGUCCUGCCGAGCCGGGUCAGCCCCGCGCUCCACCUGGACUACGCCCAGAAACUGCAGCUGCAGCAGCAGGUUCAGCAGCACGUUCAGCUGCUGACUCAGGUUCACCUGCUCAGCCGCCGCGUCGAUGCUCUGAACCACGAAGCAGCCAUCACUAAGAACUACCUGGAGGAGCUGCAGCAGUUCUCCGGCCGUCAGGAGGAGGCGUUACUGCCCAGCUGUUUCAGAGUGUGUAACCUGCAGCCAGCGCUGGAUCUCCUGCAGGAGGUGGAGCAGAGAGACCAGCCUCCUGCUGCUCCUCUUGCUCCUGCUGCCUCCAGACGCUGGCUCCCCACCAUGACUCCCACCACCAACAGCCACGCCUUCCCUCUGAUGCCCGCCGACGCCGCCUGGCUGUUCGCCACUCGGCCCGUCUUCCUCUACACAGAACUACUUCCUGUCUGCAGCCUGGACCGCGCCCAGCACACCCGACACCAGCGGAGCGUUUACACGGCGGGAGAGGACGGGCUGAUCAUCCUGGGCCUGAAGCACUUCGAGGGGGCGGUGCAGCCGGAUCAGCUGAUCAGCUCCUACCUGCUCUGUAAGACUCAGUGGAACUUCAGGAAACACGUCCGAGAGAUGAGCAGCUCCAGAGCGCCGCACAGCAGCGUCAUCAAGACGUUCCUGACGCAGGGAGCCGUUCCCACGCUGCCGCUGGCCUGCAGCAGAGUCCAGCCGGGAGAACAGCGCCCCCCAGUGGACGGGAGGACCUCCAUCAUGCCCAACUGGCUCAAGAACAGUCAGCAGAUCAUCCAGAGGACCAGACUGAGCACCUGUCCGCCACGUUACCCCCCCUCCCUCCCCCAAGGCUGCACCCUGAGGCUCCACCCCUACUGGCACAACAAGGCCUCCCGCCAGCCGGCCCCCCCCUCCAGACGCCUCUUCACCCUGGCCCAUAAUGCAUCACUGCUGCCCCUCUGCCCGGCGGACAGACAGGCGGACGUGCAGCCAAUCAGCUACUUGGCCCAGCUACCUGCUCCAGGUGUAGCGUUACCAUCCAACCCCCCUGCUCUGCCGUUAGCCCCGCCUCCUCCCUGUGGGGCCGUCCCAUUGGCUGCCGUUCACCCAGUCCCGCCCCGCCCUUUGUGUGCUGACAUCAUCCAGUCCUGCCUUCCUAUUGGGCAGAGAAAUGUUUCCAGGCAACAAGACACGGGGCCUCCUCCGCCCCUCCUCCUCCCCCUCCCCUCCAUACCCAACCCCGAAACUACAAAUCCCAUAAUGCCUUGCUCAGCCGCUGUCCUGAACCCAGGCUACGUCGUGCUCCAGAUGGUGUGGACACCUUCGUCUCCUUCCUCCUCCUCCUCCUCCCUGCAUGCUUUGGGGCAGAAGCUCCACCCUGCGAUCAAACAGGAGCAGAAGGAGGUGAAGAACAACUGCACAAGGCCCCACCUGCAGGAGGAGGUGAGACAGGAGGAGAAGGGAGGAGAUGAGGACAGUUCAGAGUCUAUAUCAUCACUGUCGUCCUGUCCAGGAGCAGAGGAGGAGGAGGAGGAAAAAGAGGAGGAGGAGAGGAGCUUGAAUCAUCUCGGUGUUGUCUGUUUGAAAGGUGGAGAGGAGAAAGAGAGGAGAGAAGAAGGAGGAGGUGGAGAGGAAGAAGAGAGAGGAGCAGCAGGAGGAGGUGGAGAGGAGGAAGAGAGAGGAGCAGCAGGAGGUGGAGAGGAGGAAGAGAGAGGAGCAACAGGAGGAGGAGGUGGAGAGGAGGAAGAGAGAGGAGCAGCAGGAGGAGGUGGAGGAGGAGGUGGAGGAGGAGGUGGAGGGGACGAAGAAAGGAGAGAGGCAGGAGGAGGUGGAGAGGAGGACAAUAAGGGUGGUGCAGGAGGAGGUAGAGAGGAGGACACAGGAGGAGGAGGAGGAGACGGAGAGCAGGGAGGAGAAGGGGACGAAGAGGAGGACGAGGACGGAGAGAAGGAGAAGGAUGAAGAUCAGGACAGGCAGGGCGAAGAGGAGGAGGAGGAGGACUUUGAUGACCUCACACAGGACGAAGACGAGGAGGAAGUGAUGUCAUCGGCAUCGGAGGAGUCGGUGCUGUCGGUACCUGAGCUACAGGAGACGAUGAAGCAGCUGACGUGGCUGGCGUCGGAGAGGAGGCUCUGUGCCGACGCCGACUCCGAGGAGGACCACUCUCCCACCUCCCCCGGCUCUCAAGAGGAGGAAGAGGAGGAGGAGGAAGAGGGGCCCAAAGGGGAGGAGUCAGGAGAAGGCAGGGACAUCAAGGCCGGAGGAGACGAGGAGACGCCGUCCUGCGAGGGAACGCCGCGAGGAGGAGGAGGGAGGUGCUCCGGACGAGGAAGAGGUCGGAGCCGUCCUCUCCGCGGCCUGAGGAGGAGUCGGCAGGAGCGUCACAGUAAAGACGCUGCGAAGCUGCUGCUGCUGUACGACGAGAACCUGCUGAACAACGAUCCGCACCGAGAGAGCAAAGACGUGGCGUUCGCCCAGAGCUACCUCAACAGGGUGCGCGAGGCGCUGCAGGACUUUCCCGGGAAGGUGGAGGAGUUCGUGUGUCUGCUGAACGAGUUCGAGCUGCUGGGAGAAGGGCAGCGUGUGCUCGCGCUGUUCAGGAAGCUGCGAUGCAUCCUGGGAAACCGCACUGACCUCCUCCGAGACUUCGCCGCCUUCAUGCUCCCGGAGCAGGCGCUGGAGUGUGGACUGUUUGAGGAGCAGCAGGCGUUCGAGCGCAGCCGGCGGUUCCUGCGACAGUUGGAGAUCAGUUUUGGAGAUAAUCCGUCACAUUACCAGAAGAUCAUCAAGGCUCUGCAGGCCGGUCCAGACCUGAGCCCAACCAGCAUCCACGAGCUCAAAGUUCAGAUGGCCACGCUGCUCAAAGGCCACACCCACUUACAAGCUGAAUUCUGGGUGUUUUUCGACGAGCUCCGCCCACCGCCGGCGCGUCCGGGACAGUUCGAAGAAGCUCAUUGGCCGGAGGAGGGAGGGGGCGGGUUAGACGGCGGCGAGGGCGUGGGCUCGGGGUCGGGAGGCGGGGCCAGUUGCGGCUUCGAGGAAGUGACGCUCCCAGAGCUCGAAGAGGAAGAGGAGGGGCACAAGAUCCAACCGAUGGCGAGCCGGCGCCAGAGGAGGAAGCUGGACGUCCACAGGAACUACAAGGACUGCGAUUGGUCGGAUAAAGACUGGCCCUGCCUCUGUCACGAUGCAAAGAUCCGCCGACACCGGAGGAAAGGAUGCUCCCGCUGCCAUGGCAACAAGAGCUCAGUGGGCGUUUCCAGAGCCAUGAAGAGUCUGGACCCGCUUUACGCCCAGAUAGGUAAAGAGCUGAAGGGAGACGACAGUCCUCAACCUGAUCGCAGCGCAGCAUCAUGGGAAGGCUCGUUCCCCCUGGCUGAUGAGAAGGAGGAAGAGGAGGAGGUGAUGAAAGAGGAGGAGGAGGACGACCUGGACGACGAGGAGGACGAUGAAGAUGAGGAGGAGAGAAAGAGCAGCGAGAAGGAGCAGAGCCCGGCUCUAAAGAGGAGCAGGAGAGAGGAGGCGCUGCAAUCUACCUCCACCUCCUCUGUUACCCCCUCCACCUCCUCCACCUCCUCUCUAACCCCCUCCACCUCCUCCUCCUCUGCUCCUCCUCGGCCCAGUCCUCCUUCUGACCUCCCCGUCUGUGCCAAGAACAUUUCUCUGACAGCGAGUGGAGAGAAAGUCAUCCUCUGGACCAGGGAGGCGGAUCGAGUCAUUUUGACCACGUGUCAGCAGGAGGGAGCCAAUCAGAACACGUUUCAGGCGAUCUCCAGUCUGCUCGGCAACAAGACUCCGAGCGAGGUCUCUCGCAGGUUUCGGGAUCUGAUGCGUCUGUUUCGGACGGCGGCGCGUCAGACGAGCUCAGAGGACGAGGCUCCUCCCGCCGACCCGGCAGCCAAUGAGGAGCGAGACUGACAUUAACCAAUCAGAAGAGCCGCAGAAUGAUAUUGACCAAUGAAAAGUUUAAUGUUUUGAGGUUUUCUGUUAUGAAAGGGUUCACAGCUGUUAUUUAAGGUCAAAGGUCACAGAUGUGUUUACUGUACAUUAAAAAAAAUGUAAAUAGGAAAUGUUUAUUGUUUAAUAUUUUUGUAAAAAAGUUUUUUUUAACAAUUAAAUUUUUUUUUGUUAAAAUGUGUUG